CCAUUUAAUUGUGUUUCCCGCGGACUACGUCAAACUUGUCCCCUCUCCUACAAAGCCUCUUCUUCUACCACAUUUUUUAGUCUCUCUCUAGCUCUCUCUCGAUAUAUAUGUCUCCGAUAAGUCCUCCGGCCAGUGGUGUUGGGCUCGGCUACGGUAUCGCCAUCGCCGUAAGCAUCUUGGUUCUCAUCUCCUUUAUAAUGCUGGCCUCAUACAUCUGCAUAAGGUCAAAAUCUACAGGAAGAGACGAAGCCACGAGUGACGGAGUUCUUGACUCGCCGUCGCCCGCGGCUGAAGUGAAGCUCGGUUUGGACCGACCGGUGAUAGAGUCAUAUCCAAGGAUAGUGUUGGGAGAUAGCCGGAGAUUACCGAGGCCCAACAACGGCCCAUGUUCGAUAUGUCUAUGUGAUUACGAGGCAAGGGAACCGGUUCGGUGUAUACCGGAAUGUAAUCACUGCUUCCACACAGAUUGUGUUGAUGAGUGGCUCCGGACAAGUGCUACAUGUCCUCUAUGUAGGAACUCACCGGCUCCGUCUAGGCUAGCCACACCAUUGUCCGAUUUAAUCCCACUCGCCUUUCAAAUCAGGUGAAAGUUAAGGUCCUUUUCCUAUUCCCUUGUGCUUUGAGAUGGAAAUGAGUUAAAAUUUGUUAUAUUUUAGGAUUGAAGUUGGAAGCUCAAUAAAGGUCGUAAAUUUUU